AUGGACCUGAUUCCAAGCUUUUCAGCGGAGACCUGGAUUCUCCUGGUCACCAGCCUGGUGCUCCUCUACCUAUAUGGAACCCAUUCACAUAAUGUUCUAAAGAAGCUCAGGAUUCCUGGGCCCAAGCCUCUGCCUUUUGUGGGGAGCGUUCUGGCCCACCGCAAGGGUUUGUGGGAUUUUGACAUGAAAUGUUCUAAAAAGUAUGGAAAAAUAUGGGGGUUUUAUCAUGGUCUACAGCCUGUGAUAGCCAUCACAGAUCCUGGCAUGAUCAAGACAAUAAUGGUGAAAGAAUGUUAUUCCACCUUCACAAACCGGAGGGUUUUUGUUCCAAUGGGAUUUAUGAAAUCUGCCAUUUCCUUGUCUAAGGAUGAAGAAUGGAGGAGAGUACGAACGUUGCUGUCUCCAACCUUCACCAGUGGAAAACUCAAGGAGAUGCUCCCCAUCAUCGGCCAGUAUGGAGAAGUAUUGUUGAAGCAUCUGAGAGAGGAAGCAGAAAAAGGCAAGCCUGUCACAUUGAAGAACAUCUUCGGGGCUUACAGCAUGGAUGUGAUCACAAGCACGUCAUUUGGAGUGAACAUCGAUUCCCUCAACAACCCACAAGAUCCCUUUGUGCAAAACAUCAGGAAGCUCAUGAGAUUUAAUAUCUUCGACCCAUUGAUUUUCACAAUAACAGUCUUUCCAUUCCUUACUCCAAUUCUUGAAGCACUAAGUAUCUCUGUGUUUCCAAGAGCUGUUACUGAUUUUUUUACAAAAUCUGUAAAAACAAUAAAAGAAAGCCGCCUUAAAGACAAUAAAAAGCACCGAGUGGACUUUCUUCAGCUGAUGAUCGAUUCCCAGAAUUCCAAGGAAACUAUGUCCCAUAAAGCUUUGACUGAUAUGGAGCUCGUAGCCCAAUCAAUUAUCUUUAUUUUUGCUGGUUAUGAGACCACUAGCACUACUCUUUCCUUCCUUAUGUAUUUAUUGGCCACCCACCCUGAUAUUCAGCAGAAACUGCAGAAGGAGAUUGAUGCGGCUUUCCCCAAUAAGGCAUCUCCCACAUAUGAUGUCAUGUUGCAGAUGGAAUAUCUUGACAUGGUGGUGAAUGAAACACUCAGAUUAUUCCCAAUUGUUGGCAGAAUUGAGAGGGUCUGCAAGAAAGAUGUUGAAAUCAGUGGAGUGACCAUUCCCAAAGGGGCAGUGGCAAUGGUGCCAGCCUUUGCUCUUCACCGAGACCCAGAACACUGGCCAGAGCCUGAGAAGUUCAUUCCUGAGAGGUUCAGUAAGGAGAACAAGGACAGCAUAGAUCCUUACUUAUACCUGCCCUUUGGAAUUGGACCCCGAAAUUGCAUCGGUAUGAGGUUUGCUCUCAUGAACAUGAAACUUGCUAUCAUCAGAGUUCUGCAGGAGUUCUCCGUCAAACCUUGUAAAGAAACACAGAUCCCCAUAAAAGUAGGCCAUGGAGCAAUUAUUGCACCAGAAGUACCUGUUGUUAUAAUGUUUGAGUCAAGAGACGGAAAUGCAAGUGGAGCCUGA